CUCCACAACAUCACACGAGUCUCCAGAUUCGCAAAGGACAGAAACACAAAACACAUUUAACUUCCAAGAAUCAUUCAUCAUCUUCAUAAAUGUUUUCCCCUUUUAUGUGGGUUCUUAAUCAUUGUUGUUAUUUUCAAGAUUUUUGACCCUGAAAAUCCAAACCCCUCUUAACUGAAUCUGAAAAUCAUCAUCUGCAAGCUAAAAAUGAGUAAGUGUGUUAGAAAUCAUGAUUCUUGGACAUAUUUUUUUGUUUAAUUCUAUUGUUUCCUCAUAUGGGUUUUAUGGUUUUGAGAUUUUUGUUUUUUCUGGGGGGUUGGGUGGAUUAGUGUAUGCAAAGGUGAAGGUGAAGGAAGAGAUUGAGGAAGCUGAUGAAUGUGGUUAUGAGAAGAGUUCUUUGAAGACAUUUGAAUGGCUGUCUUUGGAUCAUUUUCCUUCUUCUGGUGCAUCUCAACGAUUGGUCGUGAAUUCAAAUGUCCCGAAAUCUUCAAGACCUAGCCUUCAAGCAUCCAAAGAAAAGGCAAACAAUAAACAAAGGGUGGUGGUUGCGAAGAACCAUAAAAAUGGACGAGCUGCUUCAGCCCCUCGUCCACGUGCCAUUUUGUCAAGUCCAGAAAAUGAUGGGAUCCUAUGGAGCAAAACACAGACAAGAAAAGAACUACUUUCAGCUCUAAAAAGUCAUAAUUUAUGUCAGAAUAGACAUACGAGAUGCAAAGUCUUCCCAAGAUCUGAACGUGGAGUAGUCACACAAAUUCACAACAAAGAAUCAUUUGAGAAGAAGCAGGACAUUCGAUCAAAAGAAAGAACAACUCGAGCUGAUUCAAAAGGAUAAUCCCAUCAUUAUUCUAGACCUAAGUUUUUAAUGAGACAUUGUAAUUAAAACUAUUCUAUGUAUAUAAAUAUGUUAAUAAUAUUGGAGAAAUAUGAGAAAAUAAUUUUGAGCAAAUCCUUUGAUGUGAUACUGAAAUUGGCUGCAU